UUCGUAGAAUAUGUUUAGCCUGGAAGAUUGCUUUUAACAUUAAAAUGCCAUCAAAAAAUGUUCUUGAUGACUUUCACAUGUUUAGCUGGUCCGCUACAACAAACAAUUCUUUUCGACGAAAGGGACAUAACUCGGGUUAUUAUCAGAUCUCAAGCCAGAGUUUUAUUUCGUUGUUUGCUGAUAGUCAUCUUGGCGCAAGUCAGAGUAGUAUACAACACUGCAGGGUUUUUAUCACUUCUUCAAACUUGUCAUCGGAAACGAUGGAGCCAGACGAGAAGGAAAAUGGUGUAGAAGAAAAGUCUGAUACAAUCGAGGAAACAGUUUUGUGUGUUGAUGACUGGAGACAACGGUGGGAAGAGAAAAGAAUAGGCUUUCACCAAACCACUGUUCAUGAGCUUUUGGUUGAAUACAAAGAUCGGUUGUUGGCAGGAAGAGAACACAUAAAGAUAUUCUUUCCUCUGUGUGGUAAAUCUGUGGACAUGAAGUGGGUGUAUGACCUGGGCCAUGAUGUGGUUGGUGUAGAAGCAAGUAAAAUAGGCAUUACUGAGUUCUUUGAAGAAAGUAGUCUAGAAUAUACUGUUGAGCCACUGACAACUAUUACAGGCAAUUGUUACAAGAGUACUGAUGGCAGAGUCCAAAUAUAUGAGUGUGAUCUCUUUGAUUUCAACAAAGAUCUUGCUGGACAAUUUGAUGCUAUUUGGGACAGAGGAGCCAUGGUUGCCAUAAAUAAAGACCAACGAAAAAGCUACACAUCAUUGUUAAAGACACUGAUGGCACCAGGAUGUCACACUUUGCUGUGCACUUUAUUUUAUGAUGCAACUAUCUGGCCAGGACCACCUCACGUUGUUCCUCAUAGUGAAGUUUAUGAUAUUUAUGGUGAUAAAUGCACUGUAGAAAAACUGUGUACCGUGGAUGUAUUCGAAGAAAAGCACAAGUCUUGGGGAAUUACAGGGAUGGAUGAAAGCCUCUUCGUGAUCAGUGUAAAAUAGAGAAAUGGAGUUUUCUUUUCUUUGAACAUUUGAAAACUAAAACUAUUGUUUGCUGUCACCUAACCAACUCGAUAAAAUCAGCCAUAUCAUUUACUUUACAUUUAUUUGUACCAAACACUCCAAAGAACACAUAAUAGGGUAUUAAACAAAUAAGAUGACCAUUAUGGUAGGAAGUUUGAGUAGGUAUGCCAUAUAUCUGUCUUCUUAUUUGUUUUUGUUUUUUAAUAUAUUAAAAGAAAAAUCAAUUAAAAUAUUUACCAAUUGGUUUGAUAGCAAAAAUGUAUUGGUGGGUGAGACUAAAGCAAAUAAGAUGGUAUGUUAAAGGAAACCUGAAUGAGAACCGUUUUCCCCUCAUUCAUUAAUACAUACAUAUGAAAUAAUAGUUAUAUUUAUAAAUAUUUCCACAUCAAGGUGUAUUAUAGAACGAAAUAAGCAUUUCCACUCAUUUAAAAAGGAACAGAUCAACUCUCUCCAAAACCAAAUUGCCCCUGCCAACUCGCCACAUUGGUUGGUCGCUGAAUACCAAUUAUAUUUAUGAGUCAGCUUGAAGACAACCUAGGCCAAUAAGAUACAUGAUCAAACUGUACCAAUCAUCAUUAAUAAUAUAUUCCUGGGAAUCUGAUAUUAGGACCACCCCAAUAUUAAGACCAGUUUUAAUAAGAUCAACACGUGGUAGUAGUGGAGCUUCACUGUAAUAUUAAUAAAACGACGCACCAAAUUAAGGAGUAAUUGGUCAACCCUUUAUAUUGCGACCGAUUUGGUGGUAUAUGUGACAGUUUUUUUUUAAAUUUGGUGACUAAAACAUUUCAUACUAUCUACUGUAUAUAAAAAAUAGAUGUAGGCGCCAUCUGGCUCCAAGAUGGAAGAGUUAACAUAGAGGGGCUGUUGGCCAUUUUUUAAUGCUGUCGUCACAAGUAUGGACAAUAAAGUGGGAUUGGGGCUAGUUGACCAAUCACUGGGGUGUGUUGACCAAACACCGGUGAGUUGUUAACUUUUGGGGGACGAGUUGACUAAACUGUUUGGGAUGAGUUGACCAACUGCUGGUGUGAGUUAGUUUUGGGGUGAGUUUGACCAACAUUCAUUUAAAACUGAACUAUGGUUCAUGUUUGGGUUUUUUUCUAUGUACAUGUAUUUGUAUAUGUAUUUGGAAAUUAUGGAGGUAAAAUGUUCUUCAGUUCUUUAUUAUAAAUUUGUUAUCUAUUAUUGAUUUUCAUGAGGUACCGUAAAACCUUUGAUUCAUGUUCCCCUCAUGGACAGCCCUCAUGGGCUAUUUAGUGAAAUCAAAAUCAGAAUAUUCAGUCAUUUAUGAUUAUAAAAUGUUAUUUUUUUUGUAUUUUAUCCUGUGCUGGAUACUGUUUAGUCAGAUUACAGUUUUAUACAUUCCAGAUGUGUACUUUGAUGAUUAUGUACUAUUCAUACCUUAUUUUGCUAUUACAGAAUGAGACAGG